AUGUUCCCUCAGCGCCCCAUCGCCCGCCUGUCCCAGCGUGCCGCGCAGCAGCUGCGCUCGGCCCCCGUUCGCUCGACCGUGCAGCGCCGCCUCAACUCGUCCAAGGCCGAACUGCCUUCGUGGGUUGCCGACAAUGCGUUCAACCGCGAGCGCGAGGCUGUGAAGCACCAUGCUGCCUCGACUAGCGGCUUGUGGCUUAAGCUGUCCAUCUUUGCUGUUAUCCCCUGCCUGAUUGGCGGUAGCAUCAACGCCUACAACCUCUGGAAUGAGCACUGGGAGCACUGGGAGCACAUGCCCCCUCUCGAGGAGCGCACCGAGUACCCCUACCAGAACAUCCGCGUAAAGAACUUCCCCUUUGGCGACGGUGACAAGACCAUCUUCUGGAACUCCGAGGUCAACUACCACAACAAGGACAAGACCGUCUAA